GUGACCGAAAGCUUCCUCAGCAAAGAAGUCAGCUACGUGGUUUCCAGCAACAAAGAAGCUAAACAAGACAAAGCCAGAACUCGGACCGAGAAGCGGAGCAACGUGACUUCAGGAGAUGCAAAAGCCGUGAGCUCGAUGCCUUCUACCUCCAAAGGGACCCACACCAGACCUCACCAGAAGCCACCGGACACUGCCCUGAUCAGCAGGGGGAAGGAAUUGCUGCAGAAGGCGAUGAAGAAUCAGGACGCCUGCGGUGGCAGCAGCAUCCUCGCCAACGCUCGCCUGUGGGGAGUCCAGAUCGUGCACGUGGACGAAAUGUUGUCGUACGCUCAGCAGCUGCUGCGUGCCGUCUCGGGAGCGAGGAAACGGUGCCAGAACACGGAGGCAAAAUGCCUCGCGUCCGGAUCAAAAAUUCGCAAAGCAGGCAGAUUGAAGCCCCCCUUUCUGAAGGUUGAAGACCAGAGCAGGCAGUUCCGACCCUUCCAUCACCAGUUCAAAAGUUUUCCCGACCUGAAUUUCCAGACGCCCAAAAGCUCCAGCCCCUUUGAGCCGCUGAAAAGCCUCUUGAAUUCUUGCAGAGCCAGGGGUGCGGAGGACUGCCCGGUGCGCAGCGACCGGGAGAAGAGCCCCCCAUCCACCCUGGUCACCGUGCGGAAGAAAAAGAGGGGCUUUUGCGAGUGCUGCCAAGAGACCUUCGAAGAGCUGCAGAAGCACCUCCAGAGCCCCCAGCACAAGCGGUUUGCACUGGAUGACUCGCACUACGCCCCUGUGGAUCGUGUCAUCGCGCAGCUCGCCCACAGUUUUGUGGAGUGGUCGGCCGAGGUGCCUCGGUCCUGCCUGACAGAUGGACCCGUCGAGCCUCGAGCGCAAGGCAAUGGAGGGAUCGAGGUGCUGACAGCAGAGCUGGGGAAGGAAAGGGAGCAGCCUGAGCAGGUGUCUGUGGAACUG